AUGCUCGUGACCACCGGGCCCCACGCCUGCGAGGGGAGUGUGUGCGUGUGCGCGGGGGGCGGGCGCGCGCGCGGGCGGGGGCCCUCCCGCCAAGGACACGCAUGGCUGUCUGUCCUCCGGCUGCACUUGGCGGGAAAGCUGGGGGCCGCUGGCGGGCCGGCGGCUCUCAUUACCACCUCCCCGCUCCCCCCGGACCGCAUUUACAUACGGGCCACUCGCCUGAAUUUUUAUAGCCCCGGUUCCGCCCCGGUCGCACGCGCGCAGGCUCGGAACAAGGGCCCGCGCGCGCAGACACCCGCGCCCAGGCUGUGGCCGGCUGGGAGCGCGAGCAGGCCCAGGGGUUCAAGCCGCCCUCGGCGAGACGGGUUCUUGCACCCUCCCUCUAGCGCCUACACGCCUGACAGCCUCCCGGCUCGUGUUCCAGGAAGCCCACUUUCCCUCAAGGAGCCUGUUUGUGUACUGCGGCCGCCCUGUGACUCUGGAUCUUGUCUUCUGGCCGGCGCCUCGAUUCCUGCCCAGCUGGAUUUGGGGGGGACAACACUGCCUGGCUUAGGGAGGAGAGCAAGUAAGACUACAAAGAAGCCUAAAAUGAAUAAACAAUACGACCAACCAAAGACCGGGGGCAGCAGCACGCCAGCAAGACGGCUUCUUCUCCUCCCCAGCCUAGAAGCCCUGUGAAAUCGAGGAUCUUCCCCCUAAAACACAUACACACGAGAUACGUGCGAUCAAGCUGCCACCGCUUGGUAAAAAGCUCACGGUGCCUAACCCAAAAGGAUCAGGAGCAGAUCCUUGAAUCAGCUGUCAC